AAUGAAAGAAGACAAAUGUCAAAAUCAGCUGCUUACUACAUUUGUCAACAACCACUAUGUGAAAGUUUAUUAAAUUUUAUAAAAAUAUUUGUUCUAAUUGAACACGUAUACUAAAAUUAAUAAAAAAACAAUUUCAAUCAAUUUGAAAAGUGAUAGUAGUUUUUGUGAUUAACAGUUCAUGAUGGAAUAUGGAUAACUUUGAUACAGAUUCUAACGAUUCUUAUCACUCUGGUAGUUUUUUAUCCAAUGCUUCUAGCUUGUCUGGAUUGAGCUUGUAUGAAAAUGAAUUUGUGGAGUUAAGGCAUUUUGUGAACCCUUCCAAGUACCCAACAUCAACUGUAAAAAGAAAUUCAACGCCCAGAGUUCAUUUGGAGACUGUAGAUGUACAACGAAAAAUUCAAAAUUUACAAAAUGACUUGGACAGUAGUUUGCAACUCAAUGUUAAAUAUAAAAAUGACUUGGUCCAUUUAGAGCAAAAAAUUGAAGCCAAAUUUUGUGACAAAUUAGAAAAAUUAACAAGAGAUAACAAAAUACUAGAAGGACAAUUAGAAAAUGCCAAUGGUCAGAUUAAAAGGUUAAUAAAAAAUUAUAAAGAUCAAGAUAGCCUAGUUUUGUUUGCUGAUAAACUUAAUUUGGAAAAUAGAAUACAAGAUUUAUCUUAUCAAACUAGAAAAUUGGAAAAAGAAUGUGCCAUUCUCGAGAAAGAAAGAGAUAGUGUCAAUUUAGAAAAUAAGACUAUAAAAAUUAGUUUAGCUGAGCUUACAACCAAUUUGGAUAUUAGAAAAAUUGCAGUUCAAGACCUGAAAGAAAAAGUAACUCAACAACAUGUAGAAAACCAAAAAUUAAGUCAAAAAAAUACAAUUUUGUCUGAAAAAUUAAAUGCUGUAAGUGCCAAGUUAGAAAACUGUGAGAAAUCAAACAAUUGGUAUAGAGAAAAAUUGAAAGUGUUACAGAAUGAUAAUGAAAAUGCUAUUAAAAGUAUUUCAAAUUAUAAAAGUGAAGUUAAUUGCUUACAGGAUAAGAUAUCUAGUUUAAAUAUUGAAUUAUGUAAGUGUAAAAAUGAAAUUGACCAAGUGAGAUUUCAAGCUUUACAAGAAAAAGAAACUUUAUAUGCUAAAUUAGAAAGUAUAAACGUAAAUUUUAAUUUGCCACAGAAAAGUAUUAAUAAUAAUAUAAAUGUACCUGAUUUAACUUCCUAUGAUUUGGUAGUUGAAGAUUUAAAGAGUGAAAUUAGUAGAUUAAAGACUAUAUGUCAAGAAAAGGAUGCAGAAUUUGAAUUUUUAAAAAAAGAAAAUUCCGAUAUACUCGCCAAGUAUUUGAUAUUACAAAAACAAUUUCAGCAACUUGAAAAUAAAUCUGAGCAGCUUGAAAAGUCUAAAAAUUACAUUCUUAAGAAAAACGAGUUUUUGAAUGAAAAUUUGAAGGAAAAACUGUGUGAGAAUUUGCAACUGAAAAAUAAAAUAGUUAGGAUAGAGGUACAGCUUAAAACACAGAAUGAAGAAAAAAGAUGUACAGAAGAUCAAGUACAAGUUAUCAGGAAUCAGGUUCUAUCGUUUAAAAUGAAUUAUGAAAAGAUUAAAAACGAAUUAAAUGUAAGAAAUAAAGAAAUGCUGGAACUACACAAUGACAGGCAGCAAUUGUUUAUGAAGCAUAAUUGGGCAAAAUGUGAACUAGAAAAAUUUAAGGAAAAAGAUACAAUCACUGAUAGUUUGAAAAAAGAUAUUUUGAGUCUGGAACAGAAAAUUAGUGAACAGAAUAAAAACAUAACACAAUUAAAAUUUGAAAUAUUAAAAAAGGAAAAAAUUGUUGAAGUUAAAGAGAACUGUAUUGGUGAGAAGCAAAAAGAACUUGAUCAUUAUGAUUUAGUAAUUUUGCAAUACAAGAACAUGCAUUCUGAACUUGAGAAUAAAAUAAAUUCGUUACAAAAUAAUUCAAAAACUCUUGAAGAUGAAAAUAUCAGGUUGAAAAAUAAUAUCAGUAUUAUUAAAAAUGAAUUAAAAAGUACACAAUUGAACUUGGAUAAUGCACUUGAGAAUACUGAGCAACUUAAAAUUGAUCAUGCAGCUACGGUAGAGGGAUAUGAAGUUAAGAAUAAUAUUAUGUCAGAAUCGCUUAUUAAUACAAAAAAAGAAUUUAAUCUUAAGCUAGAAGAAAAAGAAACAAUUAUAAAUGAUCUUCAAGUUAAACUUAAGAAGCUGGAAUCUGAGUAUGGAAUAUAUUUAAAAAGAAAUACAGAUGAUCACAAAGUUGAGUUGUUGAAUUUGCUUAAUAAUGACAAAUUUCUUCUUCAAGUUUUUGAUAGGUUAAAUUUGGAUGAGUUUGAAAAAUCUGUGGGAGUAAGGUUAAAACAUCUCGAAGAAAAAAUUCAGAGAGGUAAUGCUGAAUGUUAUGAUAUAAGAGAAAAAAUCAAAGAAAAAGACAGCACAAUUAAAGGUUUGGAAUUACAACUUCAAGUUAAAGCAAGGGAAAUGCAGGAUAAACAACAAAAAAAUGAUCGAAACAACCGCACAUUGCUUCGUAAACUAAAAGAACACAUGAGAGGACGAAACUCAUCAGAAAAACAACUCAAAUACCUGCAAGAUUUAUACGAUUCACUUUCUGACAAGUACAACACAUUAAUGCUUUCAGUAACAUCUAAGGAUUGUUCAAUAGAGUCUUUAGAAGAAGCAUCACAAAAAUACAAAACAGAAGUUAAAAAACAUAAAGAUGUUAUAUUAAAUCUAGAAAAUAAACUGUCAGAAGUGGGACAUUGUGCUAAAUGCGCAUAUUAUGAAACUACCUGUGAUAAAUUGAAAUUCCUUGAAAAGUUUUGUGCAGAGGUACAAGAAAAAAAUAAGGAUAUAAAUAGUGAAGUAAUUGCAUCUAAAGAAACUAUACAUAAUCUAAACUUGCAGCUAAAAGAAAAAUCAAUUGAAGUUGAUAAUUUGUCUAAUAAAAUCAGCAAUUAUCAAAAUGAUUUGAACAUUGUUACAAGUAAAGGGCAGGAAUAUAAUAAAGAAAUACAGAAACUUAGUGAAGAACUUGCAUGUAAAAAUACGAUUUGUGCCAAAAAUGAACUCAUUAUUGAAAACUUAAAGCAAGAUCUCAAAGAUGUUUCUGAAAGAAAUUAUUUUCUUUUCAGUGAAAGAGAGCAUAUUUUUUUAAAUCUUCAACAAAAAUCAGAACUGCUGAUACAGGUUGAAGAAAGCAAAAUUGCUGUAGAAGAUAGAUUGUCUAAAGAAACAAUUUCUAAUCAAAAUUUGAUUUUGGGACUACAGAAAAACUUGCAUCUUUUGAACACUGAAAUUGUGAAUUUGAGAAAUGACAAGUUUUUCUUGCAGAGACUUUCAAACGAUUUGAAAGUUGCGUUAAAAUCGUAUGCCGAACAAAAUAAGACUUUAAAGGAUCAGCUUGAUCUCAUGUCAAAGGAAAACCACAGCUGCAAUAGUCUAUCUGCUUUAUCAUUCCACGAUUUUUCAUCAAAUGAAAAAUAUGACGAAUCGCUCAUAAACAGACUUUUGACAGAUCAUAAGACUCCCGCUCUUCAGAAACCAGUGACGUCUGAGAUUCAGGGAUGUCUCAGAAAAUUGCGCGAGGAAAUUGCGAAUUUGCAAGACGAGAUUGUUCGGAAAAAUCAACAGUUAUAGGACCAGAUUUAAUAUUUAUUUAGAUGUAUUAAUAUAUAUGUACUUAAUUUUCGUUAUAUCUUUGAGAAUUUUAAUUGUUAUAAAGGUAUUUUGGUAACUAUUUUUGGCCUGUGAUAACCACCCCUUAAAUUUCAAUAAAAUUGUUUAUUUCAAAAGAAAUAUAAUGAUUGUUAUUAGAAGUAUUA